GCGGAGGGAGGGCUCCGUAGCCGCGCCCGCCCCGCAAGCGCGGCGGUGCCCGGUGGCGGGAGUGAGCGGCCGCCGCGGAGCCAUGGGGCACCCGCCGCUGGAGUUCAGCGACUGCUACCUGGACAGCCCCGACUUCCGCGAGCGGCUGAAGUGCUACGAGCAGGAGCUGGAGCGGACCAACAAGUUCAUCAAGGAGGUGAUCAAGGACGGCAACGCGCUCAUCGCCGCCAUACGGGGUUACUCAUCGGCAGUACAGAAAUUCUCCCAGACUUUGCAGUCCUUUCAGUUCGACUUUAUUGGUGACACACUAACGGAUGACGAGAUUAAUAUUGCCGAGUCCUUUAAGGAGUUUGCAGAGCUGCUCCAUGAGGUAGAGCUGGAGAGGUCCAUGAUGGUACAGAACGCUAGUGACUUGCUGAUCAAACCUUUGGAAAACUUUCGGAAGGAGCAAAUAGGAUUCACCAAGGAAAGAAAGAAAAAGUUCGAGAAGGAUGGUGAGAAGUUUUAUUCUAUGCUGGAUCGCCAUUUGCAUUUGUCUUCCAAAAAGAAGGAGUCCCAAUUACAGGAGGCUGACCUUCAGGUUGACAAAGAGAGACACAAUUUCUUUGAGUCCUCCCUCGAGUAUGUGUACCAGAUCCAGGAAGUACAAGAAAGCAAGAAAUUCAGUAUUGUUGAACCGGUGCUGGCUUUUCUCCACAGCCUCUUUACUUACAACAACCUGACAGUUGAGCUCACGCAGGAUUUCCUCCCUUAUAAACAGCAGCUUCAGCUCAGCCUGCAGAAUACAAGGAAUCAUUUUUCCAGUACGCGGGAGGAGCUGGAAGACCUGAAGAAGAGGAUGAAGGAAGCCCCCCUAACCUGCAAGCUACCUGGGCAGCCCACCAUUGAGGGCUAUCUCUACACUCAAGAGAAAUGGGCGCUGGGCAUCUCCUGGGUGAAAUAUUACUGCCAGUACGAAAAAGAGGCAAAAACCUUACGGAUGACGCCCAUGGACCAGAAGCCUGGAGCUAAGCAAGGCACCUUAGACCUGACACUGAAAUCCUGUGUAAGGAGAAAGACUGACUCUAUAGACAAAAGGUUUUGUUUUGACAUUGAAACUAAUGAAAGGUCUGGGACCAUCACGCUGCAAGCACUCUCGGAAGCCAAUCGAAGGCUGUGGAUGGAAGCCAUGGACGGGAAGGAGCCGAUCUACCACAGUCCCAUCACGAAACAGGAAGAAAUGGAGCUGAAUGAGGUCGGCUUCAAGUUUGUACGGAAGUGCAUCAACGCAGUGGAAACAAAAGGGAUUACUACGGAGGGCAUCUACCGGACUGUUGGCAGCAAUAUUCAGGUGCAGAAGUUGCUGAAUGCCUUUUUUGAUCCAAAAUGUCCAGGGGACGUGGAUCUCCAAAGCGGCGAUUGGGACAUCAAGACGAUUACCAGCUCACUGAAGUUUUAUCUCAGGAACCUGUCUGAACCCGUCAUGACGUACAAGCUCCACAAAGAGUUGGUCCUGGCUGCCAAAUCUGAGAACCUGGAUUACAGGCUGGGAGCCAUUCACGCGCUGGUCUAUAAACUACCUGACAAGAACAGAGAGAUGUUAGAGCUCCUCAUACAACACCUUGUCAACAUAUGUGAGCACAGCCGAGAGAACCUGAUGUCACCGUCUAACAUGGGGGUGAUAUUUGGACCUACCCUCAUGCGAGCACAGGAGGACACCGUGGCAGCGAUGAUGAACAUCAAGUUCCAAAACAUAGUGGUUGAGAUCCUCAUCGAGCACUUUGGGAAGAUCUACUCUGGCCCUCCAGAAGACACCGCCGCCCCCCCGGUGCCUCCUCCCAGGGUGGCUGCUCGGCGGCACAAACCCAUCACCAUUUCCAAACGUCCUCUGAGGGAAAGACCCGUCUUCUUCGGUGCUUCUGUGGAAGAAAGUGGAGCAGACCGGCACGGUCAGACCCCCAACGGCAGCGGCAGCGUCGGCGCCGAGGCCCCCAAGCCGCUGCACCGCAGCCGCCUGCCCGCGCCCCGGCUGGGGGGGGACGAGCCGGGGCGUCCCCCCGCCGAGGGCCGGCCCGACCUGCGUGCCGAGGCAGAGGUGGGGAAGCUGGUGGCCAGGCUGCAGGACGGAGGAGUGAAGCCGGCCAGCAAGGCUGCCAACGGGGUGGUGGCCGGCCCUGCCCUGAGGACCUCCACGCUCCAGGCCAGGAGACCAGCUCCCCGGCCGGGGAUCUACGGCAGAGAGGGCGAGUAUGACGGUGUCCCGAAGCCACGAUCCCAUGGCGAUAAGCCUGUGAUAACGCGUCCCCCCGUGAGACCUCCGGACCCACCGUGCAGGACUCCUGUCCCUCCGAGGCUGGAGCAGAGGCCGGAUCUGAUAGCAGGAACAGCAGAAGAGAUGCCUUCAUCCGUGGUGGCCUCUAGGACAAAGUUCUUUGAGACAGCUUCCCGAAGAACAAGCAAUUCUUCAUCACCACAAGGCAGGAUCCCAGGUGAUGAGAGCUGAGGCUAAAGACUUUGUAACCACCUCAGCCCAACCAGGAGAUUUUCUGUGCUUGUGAAACGGACGUGUCACAGCUAAGACUUUUCCAGUUCCAGUGCCCCUGGAGAGCAGCUAUCUUACCGGACGAUAAUUUCAGAGCAUGCUGUCAUAAGUGGCUCAAGAAAUUAGAAGAGAGGGAGAUAACGAUGGAGAGAAGACCCUACCCACACGUUUGUGUUGAACUGUUCCCAGUCCUUCCGCCACUCCUCUCUGCGCAGGCUGUGAAGGAUGCUCGUGUGAGCCCUUGCAGGUGACCGGCAGCGUUUGCAGGGCUGGGUGAGCACCGGCGGGCUGUGGAAGGGACAGCGGGGGACGGGAGUGGCCGUUCACCUGCUCACUUUUUAGGACAUGCACCUUGGCAAGGGUGACCUUGGACAGACAUUGGAGUCAAACGCAAGGGGCUGACUCCCUGUGCUUGGAUGCAAGGGUAGAACGACUGGAGUUUGGCUUGGCCCCCCUUGCCAUGAGAAGCUCCUUCCUUUAUGUUAUGUUUUCCUUGCUCAGUAAGCUAUAGUGUGUUUUUCAGUGUGUAGGAGAGCAGUGUAUGUUACUGGAAAUGCUGCUUGUGCUAAGGCAGGCAGGACAGGAAUUGGGGGGACCAUCGCGCUUAGCUCUGCAGGACGUCUCUUCAUCUCCUCCCUGGCGUCAGCAUGCCUCUGUCCUGGGAAACCGCGCCGGCAAGUGCGGCUGUGCCGGGGGGCUUUGCCUGACCCGGGCUGCAUCCCCUGCCUGGGGAUCAGCUUUCCGGGCAGUGCCGGUUGGGUCAGCAGCCCCCGAAAGCGCAGCUGGGAGAAGGAGGCAGCAGGCGCUGCUGCUCCUCCUCCUCCUCCUCCUCCUCCCGCAUGAGCCACUCUCCCACCAGAUCCGCUUCCCACAGGCCCACCAAGAAGUCUGUGUCCUGGUGUUAUUCUGGUGGGCCAGCACAGAGGUGGUGAGGAACUGAAACUCACUGAAUAUGGGUCAAAGCCCACCAUUUUUCUAAGAGGCACCCAGUUUCUUGUUUGCUUUUUACAUUAAUUUCCAAUCCCAGAGAUGUCCGGUCUCUUCUCCUCAGCAGCAGCCGUGCAGAUGAUGCCCGUUGGUCUGGGAGGUUUCUCCUAGCCAGGACCGCCGUAGUACCCCUUACCAGUAGAGGCUUACUUGUGGUUCCAGCUGACACCAGGGCUCAGUUCCUGAGCUGUAGCGUUUACCUGUAAAUAGGCAAUGAGCGGCUUCCCUGCUUCCUCGCACCAGCCCGAAGGCGGCUUCCCUAUUUUGAAUCAUUUUCCUUGGGUGCUGGGAGCAUUCCCAAACCAGUGGCCAAACAUCCCUGUUACCUGCUUCCCGGGUGCUCCGUCCUCUCGAGCGCGCUUUGUGUCCUGCCUGGCGCAGGUUUGCCGGUGGGAUGCUGCCGCGGUCCUUCCCGUGCUGUCUCCUGACGCUUGCCUUGUGUGUGCAUCUAGCGCCUAUCUGCUUUAUCGCUGAAUGUAAUUCUGGCGUUCACUGGACACACACGUGUCGUGUCAAUGGUGCUUCCGCUCCCUCGGGCUUUGGCGGUGCCCCAGCUGCUCGCUCCUGUACUCCUGCUUUGAACAGUGGCAUGUAAAAGUGGCUUUAAAAAAAAAAAAAAAAAGAAUGAUACCAACACCUAGACUGUAUUACACACACCGGCAUCUCAGGGCUUUUCAAAGCUACGGUGAGCCCUUUCUGCUGCACCCUUUCGUGAGUGGCCGGGAGGCGUGAGCAGCACCGAAACAGAGCGCAUCGUGUUUUUCUGAUCAGGUAUCUAAGAGAGCAGGUAAGAUGGAGCUGCGAGCCAGGGAGUCUGAAGGCAGGAGAGAGGUGCCCUGUCCAGCCCGGAAUGGCUGUGGUGGCUGGGCAGCCCCUCCGGCAGCCCGGCAGCGGAGCCACCUGCCUGCAGCACCGGCAGCCCCCGGUCUCCUGCUGCCGGCAGGCACUGGCACCCGAGCUGCCCUUUGGUGGCUUCGUCACCCUCUUGGGGUGGCUGUCGCGGCAGUGUCAGGCCAGUGGUUCCUCCACAGAAGGCCAGCAUUUCCCAAAAUGCCUUCCCCUCUCGGGAACUGUGCUUUGAGGACCCCUCGAGGCUGUCGGUUUGGGAAGCGCACGGGCUUCCGCGGACACGGGCGGCUCUGGUGGUGGCACCCGCCACGCUGCACGUGGACGCUGCGCAGCACUGGCACCCACGGUACCCGUCCCGUUGGAGACGGUGGCUGUUGCAUCCUCCACGCCGCUCGUGUGCAGUCAGCCUCGUGCUCGCUGCCCGGCACAGACCCUGCGGGGCAGAGCUGGGGUCCGUGGGAAGAAAGAAAUCCGAGGGAGUUUGCUUUUAUGUCUGACAUGGUGAACAACGGAGGGAAGCAGCUUAUUAGAAACGUAUUUCGUUGUGUCCUUUUAAAGUCAUUUGUCACAUGUGUGUCUGUGCUGGUUUUCCCUCCUCCGUGCACACAGCUGAACGCUGGGGACCAGCGGCAGAGCGGCGGUAGGGUGUUCGGUUGUGCUGGUGGAGGCCUGUGGGGCACAAUCCCUGCUGCCAGUGCCACAGGAGCAACACAGCCGGGAAUGUGGGAUUCGCCCCGUGCAGCGCGGCAGGGCCCCCGGACAUCAGCCGUCGGAGCCGUUUUGUCAUGUAAAAGCGUAGAUUACUUCAAGUGUUUAUAAAGUUUCC